AUGAGCGUUGCGACGGCCGGUGCUGCCGUGAGCACGCAGCAUCACCAACCAACUCAAGAACAAAUUCGUCUUGCUCAAUUAAUUGACGAUACAAAACAUAAUCAACCAGAAGUACAAGAAAUAAUUCGAAAAGUCCUUGACGUCGUAGAAAAUUCCAAUCAAGAAGAUGCCCUUGUAGCACUAUUUGAUUGUGAUUAUGAUUAUGAAAAAGCUGUUGCAUUGCUCAUUGAAAAAGGUCAUGAUGUUGCAAGUGAAUGGCGUACAGCAACAAGUCAUAAAUUAAGUAAAAAACAACAACAACAACAACAACAAAAAGUUGCUGCUACUAAAAAUGGACAUGAAGAGUCGAAUGAGAAUGGACAACAACGAGGAAAUAAUACUUCAACUUCUCGAGGUAAAUCUCGUGGUGGACGUGCAAGAUUUCAACAGAACGGAGGUGAUUCUCAAAAUGUGAAUAAUCAACAGCAACCACAACAACAGCAAAACGAUAAUGAUAUUCCACAACAAAGACAACGAGGUGGUAGUGGAUAUCGUGGUCGUUAUCGUGGUAAUAAUCGAGGUGGAUUUCGUGGUAAUGAUAGAAAUUAUCAACAACAACAAAAUCAACAACAAAACCAGCAACAAACACAAGAUUCAAAUGGUGAUACAUCAUCACCGUCAGAUACUACACGACGCAAUAGAGGUGCUGCUGGCACUUCUAGACAAGAGCAAUGGGAUGUUGGUAAUUGGAAUGGUGAAACACUUAUUAUUUCAAGAACAAAUAAAGAUGAUGAACAAACAAUAGAUACAGAUGAGUCAUCAGCUGUACAAAAUGGUCAAUCGGAUAGAACUAAUCAAGAUAAAUCUAAAUCUGAUUUUGAUCCAAUAGAAGCAGCUCGUCAGAUUAAAAAUGUUAUUGGUAUUGGUCAGACACCUAAAACAUUAAUAACAGAUCAACAUCAAAAAUCGAAACCAACAGGUCAAACAAUAAAUACCAAAGUAACACCACCACCACCAACACCUCGAAUUCCACAUCAACCAGUUAUAUUCUCUGAUCAUUAUGAUGGUGGAGUGAAUAAAAUUGAUGUACAAUUUGGUAAUCUAAGUGAUACAUAUGAUGAAUCAGGAUCAUCUGCAUUUUAUCAACAAACAGACUCAGCAUCAUCGAACAAAAUCUCUCAACGAACAACUGAACAGUCAUCACAUAUUUCACCAGCAACUCGUCCAUCUGAACAACCGGUUAUGAAUCAACAACGUAUCCUAUUAACUCAAAUUCAACAACCAUCUAUGACUAUAAAACCAGUUGUUACACCACAAUAUGCUGUACAUCAACAACAGCAUCAAGUAAAUACACCAAAUAUGUUAUUACAAUCUUUACUUUUUCAUCAUCCACAACAACAACCAGAACCUGUAACAUUAGAUACACCAUAUGAUCCAACAACAUUUUCAUUACCAUCAAUUGAAUUCAAUACACCAUAUUUUAUGGCUGCAGCAAUGAAUCAACCACCACCACAACAACAAACUCAACCACGUUAUUUAGUUUCUCAACAAGCACCUCCACAACAAACAACAACUAAAAAUGUACAAACACCAUCAGUAUCAACAUCAACAUCAUCGACAACUACGAAAAAAGCACCAGCUGUACCACCAGGAAUAUUUCCUCCUACAGCACAACCACCACCACUUACACAAGCAACUUAUUCAACAGCAUAUGGAGUUCAACAACAAACAGGUGGACCAACAUAUUCAACACCAUAUGAUGCUGAGCAUUUAUUUUCAAAUGCAUUUAUGCCAUUAACAAAUGCACAACAAGCACAAUCACCUUCAGGUGGAUAUGGAUCUGUUACACCACCAGUUCCACAACAGAAUCAACAACAACAACAAACAAAUAAUAAUGACAAUAAAACAAUGAAUUUUCGAGCACCAAUAACAGAAAAUCUUAUGUUAUUACAACAAUAUCAACAAUAUGCUCUUCAACAAUCGACUAGUCAACAGCAUGGUCAACAAGCAGCAACACAUUCACCAGCACAAUUAAAUUAUUUUCUUGGUCAUCCACCAAGUGGAUCAAGUUAUUCACCUGGUCCUCAAAUUAUGUAUGCUCCAGCACCUACAGCAAUGACUCAACAACAACAACAGCAACAAGCACCAAAGCAACAAGGACAACAAUAUAAUCAAAAUAAUUCAUCAGCAGGUAUUGGGGGUAAUGAUGAUUAUUAUCAUGGUCGCGGUUCAUCAUCAUCGAAUAAAGAAGGACAAUAUAUGUAUCAACAGCCUAAUCAACCACAACAUGUUCCACAACAAUCUGCAGGUCAACAACAAGGUGUGAAUAAACAACAACAGCAACAACAACAACGUACUAGUGGUAAUGUUUAUAAUAAUCAACAAGGUCAACAACGUCCAUUUCAAUAA